AUGACUGGCGCCGGCUACCAGCUGCUCCCCAGCAGGGAAAGUGAAGAGACAUGUGUGUCCAUCGACAAGCAGCUCAAGUUUUCUCUCGACAAGUCUUCUUCCAUCGACAGCAGAGAUCAAGAUGAUCCGACGGCUAGACGCAGCAGACCGUGGCUGCUGUUGAAAGCUAUCUUCUGUCUCGUUCUCAUUGCAUCCACUGCAUUUGCUGCUUGUUGCGCCUAUCGCGGCGGUGGUGCCAAAGGGUCAUCCGCAAUCUGGAGCAACUGGUCCGUCUCGACAAAUCGACCCACCUCGACUCACAUCGCCUCGGACUCGACCGUCGUCUUUGGCCUUGGCAUCGGCGACGUCACAGGCCCCAUCGUCGAGGUCAACAUGAUGGGCUAUGCGUCCCUGCCCCAGACCAACACAGGUCUACACAUCCGCUUACGUUCUCGCGCCUUCAUCGUCGGGUCCAACGACGCUCCUACGUUGCAGUCCAAACUCGCAGGAAGGUUCACCAGUCUCAUCCCGACCGCCGACGGAUCUGCCACGCGUUGGCUGUUCAUCAACUCGGACAUCUGCAUGGGCGAUACAGCGCUUCGCAAAGCCGUGGUUGACGCACUUCGCGACAAGUACCCGGGCAUCUAUGGCGAGCGCAACGUCGCCUUUGUGGGGACGCACUCGCACUCUGGACCCGGUGGGUUUAUGCAAUCGCUGCUGCCUACGUUGACGUCCAAGGGCGUCAUCCUGCAGAACUUUGAUGCGAUUGUCGAGGGCACGGUUCGAGCGGCUGUGCGUGCACACGACGACUUUGUUGCGCGGCAAGAGAGGGUGGCACAGGGAGCAAGCACUCGGCUGAGCUACGGCAAGACGCGGCUGGAAGAUGCGCAUAUCCAGCGUAGCCGAUAUGCCUACGAGCAGAAUCCGCAGGAAGAGCGGGAUUUGUAUAACGACGAGGAUCAGGACCACGACUUUGGGCUGCUCAAGUUCGAAGAAGUCGGCACGGACGCCGAGGCUUCAGCAGCCGGAUUUCUCUCGUGGUACGCCGUGCACGGCACCUCUCUGUACGAGAACAACACACUCACUUCGGGCGACAACAAAGGUCUCGCAGCACUACUGUACGAAACCGCGCAGCAGCCGGACAAGCUUCCCGGCCAGACGGGUUUUGUUGCGGGAUUCUCGCAAGCCCUGGUGGGGGAUACGUCGCCCAACACCAAAGGCGCAUACUGCGACGACGGCUCCGAGUGCGAGUACAAGCACUCGACAUGCGACAAUGGCAAAGGCAAGGAGCGUGUGCAGACGUGCCAUGGGCGUGGGCCGGCGUGGGCACGGGACGAGUACUUGGAGGUAAGCCCGACGGGUGGAUACGACUGGGCGUCGAACGAGAUCAUCGCGCGCAAGCAGGUCGAUGCCGCACGCGAGCUCAUGCAGCGCGACUCUACUCUCGGUGCCGCCGCCGCUGGCGAGUAUGACGGGCUGACGGUGCUCGGAGGACCCAUCAAGAGCGUGAAGAUGAACGUCGACAUGAGCAAGUACACUGUCUACCGGUCCGAUGGCAGCCGUGUGAAGACGUGCCCCGCUGCGCUCGGGUACGGAUUCGCAGGUGGCACCACCGACGGCCCUGGCGCCUUCGACUUUGUCCAGGGCAGCAACAAGACGGACCACCACAACCCGUUUUGGGACCUGGUGAAAGGAUUCAUCAAGAAUCCAGGACCGGAACAGAUCGAAUGCCAGGCGCCCAAAGCGAUCCUGCUCGACAUUGGCGAGAUCCACAGGCCAUACGACUGGGGGCCGUCGAUUGUCGAAGUCCAGAUCCUUCGCGUCGGACAGUUGUUCAUCCUCAUUGUCCCGGGCGAGUUCACGACGAUGGCCGGGCGAAGACUUAAGAGGGCUGUAGCGGAGGCGAUAAAGCGGGGUGGGAUAGUGGCGGAGGGAGUCGAGCCGAUCGUGCAGGUCAGUGGGCCCGCUUCGACGUACGGUCACUAUGUGACGACCGAGGAAGAGUACAGCGUGCAGCGGUACGAAGGGGCAAGCACGCUGUUUGGGCCGCACACGCUCGAAGCGUACACGGAUGUGUUCUCGCGUCGCCUGGUGCCUGCGCUACGCGAGGACGCACGGGACCUGCCCAUCGGACCGCAAAAGGCGUUCGACAUCACCAAAGCGUGGAAAUUCAAGACGGGUGUGGUGUACGACAAUCCGCCUAUCGGCCACUCGUUCGGAGACGUCCUCGUGCAGCCCCUCCUCACAUACCCGCGGCCAGCCUCCAACUACUCGUACUUCAACGGCUCGCCCACCAUCUCGUCGAGCUCGAACAUCACCGUCUCCUUUGUCGGCGCCAACCCACGCAACAACCUGCGGCUCGAGGGAACGUACUUCGAAGUCCAGCGCUACGACGACAGCGGCGCGUGGCUGGUCGAACGCACCGACGGACAUCACUCGACCACGAUGCGCUGGACGCGCACCAACGAGUUCCACGGCUCGAGCAAAGUCGAAAUCGGCUGGGACGUCGAACCGUGGACCAAGCCCGGGCUGUAUCGGAUCGUGUACUACGGCGACCGAAAGGCCCCGUUCACAGGCAAGAUUCAGCCUUUUGACGCAACGUCGAACGAGUUUUAUCUGGUCUAG